CUACCAUUUUAUUUCACGCAUUCUUUCCAAAUAUACCGGUGACCUUAGUGAUAACGUUGACGCCUUCGUCACGGACAAAAUCAUGUAUGGUCCAUAUUUCGACCAUUUGGUCAGCUAGUGGAAGAUGCGAGACCACCCCAAUGUCCUUAUUGUGUCCUUCGAAGAAAUUACCGAGAAUUUCCAUGAUACAGCCAAACGGAUCGGCAAGUUCUUGGGAAAAGAUUUAACAGAAGAACAGUUAACGGUCAUGGAGCGAGUGUGCUCUUUUGAUUCGAUGAAAGCUAACCCACUGACUAAUCGCUACGACAAACACAUUGCCGGUAUCUACGAUCACAAUAUUUCCCCGUUUCUUCGUUCCGGGGUGCCAGGCGCUUGGCGAGAGCAUCUGACACCGGAAGUGAAUGAAAAAGUGAAUACAUGGAUGGCUAAGAAUCUUGCCCGGGAAGACCUCAAAGGCUUAGCCGAAAGAUUUCCUUCUACAUUUGCGUUCAACUGA